GACUGCAGUAGUUGUGUAGAAGAGGCGUUGCUAUCGAGAGUUUACGAUUUUGAAACUUGAACUUGAACCGUUGAGAAAAGAAAAGUGAAGGCAAAGGAGUAACUUGAGAUUUCAUGGGCUCAUUCGUGUUCUGCUCCAAAAUUAUAGUGUUUGCAUCAAUUUAUACUCUUGAAAAAUGGCUGGCAAAAACUUCCGAACAAGAAAUUCGACUAGCAACCAAAAUUUGCAGGAUCAAAUUGAGAUGCUAACGUCAGAAGUCGAGAGACUUAAAGCAAUAAUGGAACAACAUGGUUUGAAUCAUCUUGUAUCUCCGGACUGUAGAGUACCGGAUCCACAAAUAGCACGAAGAUUAUUUGCUCGUUCAUCACCUGAGGAAAACUCGGAGCCUGCAGAAAGAUCUCCUGUGACACCGAGGAGAAAAGGCUGUACAUGUAAAGGAAACUGUUCCAGCCGCAUCUGUGGUUGUGUAAAAAAACAAGUACAAUGUGGAGAGUUCUGCAGAUGUGCCGAUGAACUAUGCCAGAAUCAGGAACAGGAGAAAGAAAACAGAGGUAGCAAGAACAAUCAAAAAGCUCCCGCUCUAGUUGAAGAAAAGAAUAAAAAAACGAAGAAAGCGGAAAGAGGAAAAUCCAAAAAACAAGGGACAAAAAAUCAAACGCCAAUGAAUGAAAAACAAAUCGAAGUCAAUGAGUUAUUGGAAGAGGUAGCUCAUAACAUACAUUUAGCUGUGCAGGAAGAAAUGCACAUAGAUCAUCAAAAUGGAAACAAAUUGUCCGAUUCAGUCAAAGAUAGCGAGGCGGAGCCGGAAACACACUCGGCUGAAAACAUCGAAUCUAUCGAUGCUAUAAUAAUAAAAACGGACCCGGAAGAAAGUGAACAAAUUUCCAACAACAAUCCACGUAGUGAUCUCUCUAGCCCUGACCAUUUGAGCCCGAGUUAUUCAGUUUCGUACAAUCAUUUAUUGCCGAUAGACGACCCGAAUUUCGAUCCCAUGAAGCCAAGGCAUAAAUUGGCGCGAAGUCCAGUGACACCGCACAUCGAGUCUCAAGUGUAUCCGCCGCCGGAUGCAUCGGAAGAAUCAUUGGCGCCUCCUAGGGACGAGGUAGCUGAAGAACUUUCGCCACCGGAUGAUUUAAACAGUAUUACCAUCGACUGGGACAAACACCAGAAAGAACGGGUCUACUGUACCAAAUGUCACCGCGGAUUUUAUCCUUACCGUAUUAAAAAACAUGAGGCCUCUUGUAAACGAGUUUGAAAAACCAGAGAAUGCUGGCUCCAUUUUUCCACUAUUUUUUCAAACUGUUACUCCAAUUAUCUCAUUUUGCCAAUACUAUAUUGUGAUAUUUAUCACUCACCGUUGUCGACCGAAUUAUCGAAUGUGCUCUAGAGGCUGUUGUUUUUCAAAUUGAUUUUUAACUCUAAAAUUACGUUUGACCAUAUUAUCCUGAAAUAAUUUUAUUACCUUCAAGACCGACUUUCCAGACUUUAUUUUGACUCGUAGAUUGUGAUAAAAAUAUUGACCACAAAAAAAAAGAAACAAUCAACAAUACAAUGGAAAAAACAACAGUUACAGUUCAUUGGAUACUACGAACCAAGAGCUAGCGAACGAUUUUCUUUUUACUAUUCGUUGUAUGUAAUAAUCGAUAAUAAUCGUGUUUCGUUAUUUGUAUUAUUUAGUCUCUAUAUCAAUUCGUUUCUCCAAUCCUUCUUUUGACAUUUCAGAAAAUAGAAGAUUUGGGACCCUGUGAUGUAUUUAUUAUCACCAUGUGAAUCUUAGUUUUUAUUGGGAUGGGAAAAAAUUAUAAAAAAAAAGAAGAUUCUUAUAGCCCAUUCACUUGAAUAUUAUUCCAACCAUGACCUAAUGUACAUGUUUUUGUUUUCUUUUGAUGUACGAACUAACAAUGUAUCUACGUACAAGGUGUGAAUAAUAACUGAAUUCCUUUCAUUUA